CCUGUCUGUGUCUAUACAAACCCUCUGGAGCAUAAGAUCCAGACAGACCUCGAGCAACGUCUCAGUGCCCAGCCUUCCCCUAAACUCUACACUCAUACACAGAGGGGAGAGGAUGCAGACUGCAAACAACAACUUGAGCAAACAAUGGCAGCAACAAGCAUGGGCACUGAGCAGAGAAGCUCGAGGAGAGGGCCUGAGACUAGGGAAAAAGGUCAGCGUACCAAAGGAUGUAAUGAUCGAGGAGCUUAACCUGCCAUCUAACAGAGGUUCCAGGAUGUUCCAAGAGAGGCAAAAAAGAGUCGAAAAAUACACGGUGGAGAACGCAGCAGAAGCGCCUGCCAUCAUAUAUGAUGGCCUGAAUCAGAAGCAGACCCAGAGCCAGUUCCAGACACCAUCACAGGCCCAUGGAGGGAAGGAGAACCCGACAUACCCCGUAGCCGGUAAACAUAAUCUGGUUACCACUCUGAUGGAAUCUGUCUCCAAGAAAGGCAGCCCAAGCGUCAUUGCCCCAGGAUACACUGGCCCUUUGAAAGAGCUUCCUCGUGAAAAGUUCAAUAUUACAGUAAUCCCCAAAUCCUAUUGCUCACCAUGGAGUGAGGCGCUGAGAGGCAACGAGGAGCUACUCUCCUCCCUAUACCACCAGCUUCCUCCACCAGAGAAACUUCCACCCGCAAACUACAGAUGCUUCAACAGAGUUGCGAUGCCAUUUGGGGGCCCUAUUCACAGUAAGAGAGUUAUUUCCACCAUCAGCUUUGAAGCAGCGGAGCCACAGAAUUUGCCAGGAUCCACAGUGGACAGGAUAAUCAAACGGCCCAACUUCAACAGAGCACCUCGCGGCUGGGCCACUGGUUAUUUACCUGAGUCUAAUGAACUUUGAGUCCAUCGGUGGCCCAUUAGACUAAAGUUAAUUUAAGGCUGAGAGCGUAUAGCAUUUGCUGUUCUGGUGCUUUUUGAUAGACAUAGACAAUAAGCCCAGGUUUGCUGCAGAUGAAGAUAUAUCAGAUUUUAACCAUGGCUAAUCAUGUCAUAAAGCUAGAAAUGGGAUGCUAGCAGAGGUAAUAUAAGUUUUUUGAGAGAAAGCUUGAAACUAUGUUGUAGGCAGUAACUGUAGCCUAAAAGACGAAUGCACUGUUAUGUAACAAACUAUAUUAAUUUAUUCAAACUUUCCUGAUGCAAAUCUAUGAGGGAAUAUGAUUUUCAGUAAAACACUGUAUCAUUUUGUCCUUUAUCAUUAACAUGCAUCUUUAUCCUUUACAUGUAAUCUUUACCAGCGUCAAAGAUUUCAUUUGUAAUUAUAAUUAAGUUGAUUUUUUUAAACUGAAACUUUUGCAUCUACAUGUUGUACUUAAUUGAAUGCUUUCCUACAUUACCCAUAAUGCCACAGACUUCCUGCUGAUAAUGGUACAACCUAAAGAGAGCCACAUAGCAAAACUUUAAUCCUUCAGUCUGUCCAGCACUCCUGCAUCCUUUCUCGGUCAAUCUGAUAAAACAGAUGCUUCCAAAGCUGUAACUUUUGCCAUAUUUUAGAUUGUGCAUUAGCUGAGUCUCUACUGUAACAAUUAUGUCAUAUAAGUGCAUUGCAUUCUGAAAACUUUGAGUGCAGCAAUAUGCCACCUGCACUGAUUGUACACUGGAUUUUUCAUUGAUAUGACAUUAACGUUGCUAUAAAAUGAUGAGUGAGGAAAACAAAUUUCCUCUUUAGUUUUUUUUUAAGAUCAAAAUCUGACUGUUAUGUAAUCAGGCUGGACAUUGAUGAAAACUAUUCUCCUAUUAAACACUAUUGUAACUACCCUA